AUGAGAUCCAUCCGCACAAUCUCCAUCGUGCAAUGCCACGCAGAAGGCGAAGUAGGAGACGUCAUCAUCGGCGGCGUCCUCGACGCCCCGAGCACCUGCAAGACAAUGUACGAAAAGCUCCUACACUUCCUGGAUCCCCAGCGAGACGCCAUCCGCAACUUACUCCUGAACGAGCCGAGGGGUCGCUCGUCCAUGAACACGAAUUUGGUGCUCUCACCUUGCAACCCGGAGGCGGUCGCUGGUUUUCUUAUCAUGGAAAGCGGCGAGUGGGCGCCUAUGUCUGGCUCGAACACCAUUUGCACGGCGACGGUUCUGCUGGAAACCGGUAUGAUCCCUAUGCAUCCGGGCAUCAAUACAUUCUCUUUGGACACGGCCGCGGGCCUGGUCGGCGUCACGGCCGAGUGCACGCGGGACAAAUGCCAGAGCGUCGAGCUCGACAACGUCCCCUCCUUCGUCUUCGCACUAGAUAAAGAAAUCGACGUCCCGGGCCUAGGCGUGAUCAAAGUGGACAUUGCGUACGGCGGCAUGAUCUUCGCGCUGGUGGACGCUGCGUCCUGUGGACUGAGGAUUGACAAUCUGCUCGGUCCGAAAUUGAUCGAUUGGGGCGAGAGGAUUAAGAAGGCGGUUCAGGAGCAGUAUACGCCUGUUCACCCCGAGAAUCCGGGGAUUCGCGAUGUCAGCGUGCUGGAGUGGACGGCGCCGCUGGAGGGAGGUGAGAAUGGCGACAAGACGGCCGUGAAUGCCGUCGUGGUCUCGCCCGGCCGCUUCGACCGCAGCCCUUGCGGUACGGGGUCAUCUGCGCGCAUGGCGGUCCUGCACGCGCGAGGGCUCUUGAAAGAAGGCGAGAUUUUCCGCCAUCGAUCUAUCAUCGUGACCGAGUUCGUCUGUCGGAUCAAAGGCACGAGUCGAGUGGGUGAUUUCGAGGCCGUGAAGACCUCGAUCAAGGGACGUGCGUGGAUCUCCGGCACCAAGCAGGUGUUUCUGGAUCCUGAGGAUCCGUUUCCUGAGGGGUUUCGUGUGGGGGAUCAGUGGAAUAUGAGGGAGGAUGCGUGUUUGCCUUCGUCGGGGCGAUGA